CCCCUCUCUCUUUUCUAUCUGCUUCUAUCCCCCUCUCACACACACACAUUCAGGUGCUGCUCUUUGACAACUCUCUGUUUCACAAUUACACACACUCCAAACACACAAACUCAUUACAGGAUUCUUGUUGGUCCACUUUUUUUUCUUUCUUUUUUUUUUUUUCCUUUAGCUGGUGCCAUUGAACUUGAAAUUUUGCCUUCAUGGAGGACUACCACAAACCUGACCAGCAGACAGUGCAGGCGCUGAGGAACAUUGCCAACCGCCUCCGGAUCAACUCCAUCAAGGCGACGACUGCAGCGGGCAGCGGACACCCCACAUCAUGCUGCAGCGUGGCAGAGAUCAUGUCCGUGCUUUUCUUCCACACUAUGAAGUACCGCCCUGAAGACCCGAGGAACUUCAACAAUGACCGCUUCAUCCUAUCAAAGGGUCACGCUGCUCCCGCCUUGUACUCCAUGUGGGUUGAAACGGGAUUCCUGAAGGAGAGCGAUCUUCUCAGUUUGUGCCAGGUUGACUCCACCCUGGAGGGACACCCAACCCCCAAACAACAAUUUGUUGAUGUAGCUACUGGAUCGUUGGGACAAGGUCUUGGUGUGGCCUGUGGAAUGGCUUAUACGGGGAAAUAUUUUGAUAAAUCCAGUUACCGUGUGUACUGCCUGCUCGGGGAUGGUGAAAUGUCGGAGGGCUCUGUCUGGGAGGCCAUGUCAUUUGCCUCCUUCUACCAGCUUGACAACCUGGUGGCUAUCUUAGACAUCAACCGCUUGGGCCAAAGUGACCCUUCACCCCUACAGCAUCAUGUAGAGAAGUACCAGAAGCGUUGCGAGGCUUUCGGUUGGCAUGCCAUCGUUGUGGAUGGCCACAGCGUGGAAGAGCUUUGCAAGGCUUUGAGCCAGCCGCGCCAUCAAUCCACUGCAAUCAUUGCUAAAACCAUCAAGGGAAAAGGCAUUCCAGCUGCAGAGGAUAAGCUGGGCUGGCAUGCCAAAGCUCUGCCCAAAGACAUGGCUGAGAUGGUUAUGAAGGAUCUGCAGAGCCGCAUUAUGAACAGCAGUAAGCAUCUGUAUCCGCCCGCUCCCGUUGAGGACUCCCCACCUGUCAGCCUGAGAAACAUUAGGAUGCCCAGUGCACCCAGCUACAAGACUGGAGAGAAGAUUACUACUCGGAAGGCAUACGGGAUGGCACUGGCUAAAUUGGGCCGCUAUAACGAACGUGUUGUGGUCCUUGAUGGAGACACCAACAACCUCACCUGCUCCGAGAUCUUCAAGAAUGAGCAUCCUAAUCGCUUCGUUGAGUGCUACAUUGCUCAACAGAAUAUGGUCAGUGUCGCCAUGGGAUGUGCUGCCCGGGAGAGGAACAUAGUAUUCGCCAGUACUCUUGCUUCCUUCUUCACUCGUGCCUAUGACCAGCUUCGCAUGGCAACAAUUUCAGACAGCAACAUCAACCUGUGUGGCUCCCACUGCGGUCUGUCCACUGGAGAGGAGGGCCCUUCUCUGAUGGCUUUAGAGGACAUAGCUAUGUUUAGAGCCCUUCCUACUGCAACCAUCUUCUAUCCCAGUGAUGGUGUGUCCACAGAGAAGGCUGUGGAACUGGCUGCAACAACAAAGGGUGUUUGCUACAUCCGAACCAGUCGCCAGGAUAACACCAUCAUCUACAACAGCAACGAAGAUUUCCAUGUUGGUCAGGCAAAGGUGGUGUACCAGAGCAAGGAGGACCAGGUGACUGUGGUUGCAGCUGGAGUGACUCUGCAUGAGGCCCUCGCUGCCGCUGAACAUCUAAAGAAAGAGAGGAUCUUUGUCAGAGUCGUUGAUCCUUUCACCAUCAAACCACUGGACGUCAAAACCAUCAUCGACCACACGCGUGUCACCAGGGGACGAGUCCUCACUGUUGAAGAUCACUACUACGAAGGUGGUCUGGGGGAGGCGGUGUCUUCGGCGAUGGUCAAUGAGUCGGGCUUCAAUGUGCACCGGCUGGCCGUGUCCCACGUUCCCCGCAGCGGCAAACCACACGAGCUGCUUAAGAUCUACGGCAUCGACCGCGAUGCCAUCGCCCAGGCCGUCCGCAAGAUGCUGAGCAGCUCCACCAAUGCCAAGUAACUUUCUCUGUGCCCCACCCGCCUACCCGUUCACUCCCCCGCAGAUGAAAAUAAACAAUCCAGUAUGUUUUUAAUUCACAUGACACCCAAGCUCUUUACAGUCAUUCACUGUGGAUUUUCUUAAAUUGUGUGCUUAAGUGUUGUGAUUUUUGUGCUUUUCACCUUAAAGUAGAGAUCCACGUUAACCUUCUUUUUGUGCAUUUAUCACAUCCCACACGAAUUCAUAGAUAUAUAGGUAAUAAAAUGUGGCCAUAGCUGACUUUGCCAUUGGUGGACCCCCUCCCUCAAAAAAAGAAAAAAAAAGAUUGUUCCAUCUUCAACAUGUGUGAUGCUCUCGUGUGUUUUUUAAUGCUCUUUGAUUGAGCUGUUCAGCUGGAAACGGUUAUGUAUUGUUCUAAUGUUGCUCUUAAGAUUGGGGUGGGGCAUAGGUUUGAAGUAGGUGUUUAUCAUGACGACAGUGUCAGGAAGAAACUAAGUGAGUCGUUGUUGUGUAGAAGGUAGUAGAAAAAAAGAAUGAAACAAAUGUAAGAAGGUCAUACAGAGCAAUCAUACCAAACCACAAUUCAUACAGUACAAAGAUGCCAAUUUUGCGGCUUCAAAAAGUCCUUUCUCCUCAGCACUGUUUUUGUUCUGGAUUUUAAAAGAACCAUGACAAACACACCUCAGGACUGCAGGUCCAUGCAGUGCUGACAGAGAACAGGUUAUAAAAGCUGCGGCUGAGACAAUCAAAGUAGAAUGGUAGCUUGUUACAUCAGACUUAUGAACAUGAGAAUAAACACUUUCUUUGCUACUUGAAAUUUUGUAUGUCGUGUACUUUCAUGUAAUAAAACCCUCUGCAUUUGACUUUGA